UUAUAUAUUUUAUAAGCUGGUAGUCUUUAUUGGAUAUGUAUAUAGAAUAUGGCAGAGCUAGCAGCGGAACUCUUGCAUAAGUAGGACGGAUGGGAUAACUCUUUUUUCCCUUUUUAUAAUCGUAGCGGCUAUAUUCCAUGUACCAAUUUACAGGUAUACUUUGCAUAUGCACAAAAUUAUGUGCCGGCACGUGUUUUUUACCACUUACAAACAACAACAUCAACAUACCCGUUAUAAUCCCACAAGGUGGGUGUGCAGGAGGUGCAAAUGAUAGUGGUGCGGCAUGAAAAUAUCAGUUCCCAUUGGCGCGCAAACAGUUAGCUGUCCAAGCUUAUCCUGCGAGGCCAAGACGGAUGAAUCCACAUGCUAAUAAUUUUCAGCCUCAACAAUUCAACAUGUCACCACAGAUGAAUAACAUGCUACCUCCUGUAGUACAUGGACGAAAACGAGCAGUUCUAUGUGGAAUUACUUACCGUGGCCAUCCAAGGAGUCUCAAGGGAAGCAUAAAUGAUGAUUUAUCCAUGAGAUAUUUUUUGGUCGAAAAGCUGGGGUUCCCAAAUACAUCAGUAAUUGUACUUACAGAGGAUGAGAGAGAUCCAUACAAAUACCCAACCAUGGCUAAUAUCCGAUCACCCUUACGUUGGCAUGUUCAUGGUUGUCAGCCAGGAGAUUCAUUAGUAUUCCACUAUUCUGGCCAUGGCACACAAGUGCGAAACCAGGACGGUGAGGAGAUUGAUGGGCACGACGAAUCACUAUGCCCCGUUGAUUAUGAGACAGAAGGAAGAAUACUAGAUGAUGGGAUCAGUAAUACCAUUGUAAGACCCUUACCACGCGGAGCCACACUUCAUGGAAUAAUUGAUACAUGCUUCAGUGGAACUUUCCUAGAUUUGCCCUUUUUGUGCAGAAUAAUCAGGUCUUUGAGAAACUAAUCCUUUUAAUGCUUGAUCAUGCAAUGAAACUUCACAUUAAGUAAUAGUAAAAGUAGUUUGUCAAAUAUCUUCAAGCAGGGCUGGAUACUUUAUGUGGAACAACAGGAGUGUUACUUCGGUGGCUGGUCUUAGUCUGUUAAACUCUCUUUUGCCAAAACUUGUGUACAUUCCGUGUUCAAUGUUUCGUCUUUGAAAUAGAACAGCGCAGGUUGCUUCUGGCACGUUCAUAUGCCUAUUAUUUUUUUGUUCCUCCACACCUUUGUUGCUAAGCUGCUGUGUAUUUGGAGAGUCAAAUUUUUAGACGCUUAAUAUAUUUUCGGCAAUAUUGGCUUUAUAUUAUUGAUA